CAGGCCACGUCCUCUAGAUGAUCCUGCUACAAUAUUCAGAAAAAGAGCUGACUGUCUGGAGACCGGUACUGAAAGUGGAGAGAAGAUUAUGAUGAUGGAAUCUGAUGGUUCUCCUUCUGCAGAGGUAUGCCAUAAAGCCUCAGAAGCUGACCAACUAAGUGAACUUGGCAAGAAAAUGUUGCAACAAGAGUCCCUGUGUAAAAGUAUGGUGCUCAGUAUCUACACUGCAUUUUUAUGGAACGACACACAGACAUGUAUUAAAACGCUUAACAUAUGCUGGCCAAUAUUUCUACAGAUUGUAGAAAGAACCCUUCUUCCAUGUGCAGCUAACUGGUUGUUUACGUGUUUAUUGCAAGGCCUUCAAAUUCAUGGGCAACAUGAAGCAUGUAUGGCUUGGCUUAUUCAGAGGACAUUUCAACAUUAUGAAAUCUUGCGACCCAAGUUUGAUACACUACGGGAGGUGAUGUUGCAGAUACCAGGAGUCACAAUGGAGUCACUUGAGAUAUUUGAUCGUCGUUUUGUAUUCAGUUCCGAUACUAGAAAAACAACCAGUGAUAAAAGUAGAAGGGAUCACUUUAAGAAGCUCAUCAGUGGAAUCAUAGGGAAGCAUAUUGGGCAAAAGUUCAAACGGGAAGUGAUCAUCAAGAAUCUGGAGCCACUGAAUAAACCGUUGAAGAAUAGAGACACUGUUGGACCUGAAGUGGAUGAUGAUCUUGCACUAGUUGCCUUAUUCGCUAAGGAUUCUUAAAACUUGAGGAACUUUUGCCGACUGCAAGAGCAGCAAGUGUUUCAGUUGCAUUUCGGCGCUCGUGCCGCAAAUUAAGUUUAUGCUUAAUUGAGUAGGUGAGAUUGCACAUUAAACUUGUCCUUUUUUAAUGAUGAUGCCAAGAAUAACUUGAGUCAAUGGCAUAUAAUUGUCACAAACCACGAUAAUCUCUAAUUUGAAGAUGACACAACAAUUUUUAAUAUUCAAAGUAUAGUAAAAACGUUGACAAACAAAAUAAUGGGGGAUACAACAUUGAUAAAUUAAUAAGUAUCAAGUAUUUUUGAACUGUCAUUUCAAUUAAUUUUAAACACAUUUCCAGCUAAAAAUAAUUAUGAGCUGUAUGAAAGAAAAAAAUGAGGAGGGGGCGGUUGAACAAAGACAAAUUGCAAAGCGAAACUUUAAUCUACCUGUUACUUCAAAUACAUCACGCAUUUGAUUUGACACGGUAAAUUCAUUUGGUCAAACUGAAUCAGUUUAUUAUGUAAUCGUUGAAGUUGUGACCUCAAGUUUUGAGUACAACUGUUCUGCAGCUUCACUGUUUUUAUAAUCUUGUGUAUUUUUUCAUUAAUGGUUUUCCUAAUUUAAAUGUAUCUUUCUGCUUCAAAAUUUUGACGGUUUUAGUUACUAUUAUUAUUUUAGGUCUUGUUACAGACAAAUUGCCAAAACAGGCACACCUCUUCACUAUGUAUCUUCUGUCACAAUAGUAUACAUGUAUUCAAUUAUGACACGCAAAUUUGUCCAAUGUUAGUUUCAUUGAAGCAAUGUUUUCAUUGCGAACAAAUGUUUUGAAUUAAUUGAAAACUAAUGUAAAGUAUAUGGCAAGCUCGUGGGGUCGAUUCCUUAUUCUCUGAAUCUGUAAAAAUUCCGAAAUCACUGUUUGAUUUUACCGAGAUUAAUUAAGUAAAACAUCAAAUUGCUUA